AUACGAAACUCCUCCGAUCCUGUCUCCUUGUAAAGUUUUUUUGGGGAAACACAAAGCGCCACCCCCCCAACCCCAACCCCCCACCCCCAUCCCACACUCAAUCUAUCGAAACCAUCUUUGCCUGGCUGGCGCGGCAGCUUCCAGUCGCUGCCGCUGCCACCACCGUCACAUCGAGUAUAUAUACACACAUAUACACCACCGCAUCACAUACUCACAUACUCACAUUCAUUCAAUUAAUUAAUUACACAAAAAUGACGGACGAGCAAUGCAGACCGCCGACAUCAUAUUCGUCAUCGCUAUCGCUUUCCCUUUCCUCGUCUGAGGAGGAGCUCCAGCACAUGCCGCUGGCGCCGCCCAAGAUGCUGAACCGGAAGCGCCUCAGCAAGCAGCUGUCCAUGUGCGAGACACCACGAGACAUUGCGUGGGAGAAGCGGCGCCGCCAGAUUCUCAGGCAGGAGAGGAGGAGGAAUGGGAUCAACGACUCCGAUGACAUGGUCCUCACGGACGAAGACUUGCACGAGCUCAAAGGCUGCAUUGAGCUAGGGUUUGGAUUCAAUGAGGAAGAGGGUCAGAGGCUCUGCCCUACCUUGCCCGCUCUUGACCUUUACUUUGCCGUCAACCGCCAGUUCUCCCCGAGUCCCGUGUCCACCCCGAAUAGCGCCCGCCAUUCUACAUCGUCAUUGGGUGGACGGUCCUCGUCGUUUGGAAGCCCUAGGAGCGACACAGAUGCAUGGAAGAUUUGCAGUCCAGGUGAUAAUCCACAACAGGUAAAAACCAAGUUGAGGCAUUGGGCUCAAGCUGUGGCUUGUUCAGUGAUGCAGUCUUCUUUAAACCCCAGAAAAACUUGGGUCGUCUUCUUCUGUCUCUGUGUCUCGAAGACAACCGAAGUUGAACUCCCAGUGAAUUCUCUCUGCUUACAGCCUCCGACUAACAAACUCGGCCCCUUCUUUCAAAGCUUCAGAAACCCAACAAAUAAACUAUUUCUCCUUGGCUUUGCCCUCCUUAUGGCCCCUGACGCUUCAGCUGCCCUUGCAGUGAGGGAUAAAGUUCAACAAUUUCUCAAUGCUGCGGUUACUGGGAAUCUUGAUCUCUUAAAGAAUUUGGCCGGGCAACUUGAUGAAGGGAAGGAUUUGGCAAAAACUGUGGCUGAUAUUAAGGAUGCCAACAAGCGAGGGGCCCUUCAUUUUGCGGCGAGAGAGGGCAAGACUGAGGUGUGCAAGUACUUGCUGGAGGAACUGAAGCUUGAUGUUGAUACAAAGGACGAAGACGGUGAGACUGCUCUUAUUCAUGCUGCUCGGCAAGGCCAUACUGAUACUGCAAAAUACCUGCUUGAUUCUGGUGCCAAUCCUGCUAUAGCCAGUGAUUUAGGGGCCACGGCUCUUCAUCAUUCCGCUGGACUAGGAGACAUUGAGUUACUGAGGUAUUUGAUCUCCAAAGGUGCUGAUGUUAAUUCCCAAAGUGAAGCUGGCACUCCUUUGAUUUGGGCUGCCGGUCAUGGUCAACAAGAUGCUGUGAAAGUUUUGUUAGAACACCAUGCCAAUCCAAAUUCUGAAAAUGAUGACAGUAUUACUCCUUUGUUAUCUUCUGUUGCGGCUGGUUCACUGCCAUGCUUAGAGUUAUUGAUUCAGGCUGGUGCCAAAGUAAAUAUUAGUGCAGGUGGAGCAACCCCUUUGCACAUUGCUGCUGAUAUUGGCAGCCCAGAGAUCUUACAAUUAUUGUUGAAAGCUGGAGCAGAUCCCAAUAUCACUGAUGAGGAUGGUUUGAAGCCUAUACAGGUCGCAGCUGCAAGAGGGAACCGCAGUGCUGUUGAGAUUCUCUUUCCCUUGACAUCAAAGCUUGAAACCAUCCCAAAAUGGACGGUUGACGGCAUACUUGAGUAUAUGCAGUCUGAAACAAGCAGACAACAGGAACAAGCUAGAAACUCGAAGGAACUUAAUGUGCCAAAAGACUCUACAUCACCAAAACAAGAGCUCCCGGAGGUGACCCCUGAAGCGAAGAAGAAAGCUGCAGAAGCAAAAUCAAGAGGAGAUGAUGCUUUCAAAACAAAGGAUUAUAAUAUGGCCAUUGAUGCAUAUACACAGGCAAUUGAUAUGGACCCGACCGAUGGUACUUUGUUUUCUAAUCGAAGCCUUUGUUGGAUGCGUCUUGGUCAACCUGAGUAUGCCUUAGCUGAUGCAAAGGCCUGCAGGGCAUUAAAACCAGAUUGGGCAAAAGCUUGCUACCGAGAAGGUGCAGCAUUGCGCCUAUUGCAGAAGUUUGAUGAAGCUGCCAAUUCUUUUUACGAAGGUGUCAGGCUGGACCCUGAAAAUCAGGCACUUGUAGAUGCUUUCAGAGAAGCGGUUGAAGCUGGAAGGAAAUUUCAUGGUGCUGAUAAACAGAAAUCAUAGUUCGCCGAACGGUCGUAUCCUAAGCUAGUCAGAAGGUUGGAUUGAGAUCAUUUCCUCUUCUUUUAUGAGAGUGGGUUGUGGUUUUAAUUAGGAACCACUAGAGUAGUUGUUACUUAUAAAUGUGAGAAAUUUUUUGCCGUUGCUGCCUUUGUUCAGUUUGGUUAGUGACUAAUGUUUGCAGUAGUGUUAUUGUGAGACACUUUUUUA